AUGACCCGGUUUCACUCCCUUGUCCUGCCGUUCGGUACGUUGGUGUCAGAAGUGGGAACACCCAAAGGCUCAAGUAUCUUGGCUGAUGAUGAGCUGGUUGCUAACGGGCUGGUCCUGGGGCUGGUACCUGGGGCUGGUACCUGGGGCUGGUACCUGGGGCUGGUACCUGGGGCUGGUACUUGGGGCUCGUACCUGGGGCUGGUACCUGGGGCUGGUACCUGGGGCUGGUACCUGGGGCUGGUACCUGGGGCUCGUACCUGGGGCUGGUACCUGGGGCUGGUACCUGGGGCUGGUACCUGGGGCUGGUACCUGCGGCUGGUCCUGGGGCUGGUCCUGGGGCUCGUACCUGGGGCUGUAGGUACGUUCCAGGGCCAGUGGCUGGGGGGGAUGCGGCACGGCUAUGGGGUCCGGCAGAGCGUGCCAUACGGCAUGGCGGCCGUCAUCCUUUACCCGCUCCGCACGUCCAUAAACUCCCUCCGCUCCGAGCACAGCCACGGCCCCCCCACCCCGCUGGAGGACGGCACCGGGACCGCUGUCUCGCCUGCCGACGGGGUGGUGGGGGGCGGGCUGGUCGGGAGUCCUGUGGGGAGGGGGGGCUUCGCUCUAACUGCGCCCAGCGAGGCUGACCGUCGGGGGAAGAGGAAAGGCCGUUUCCGUCAGUCGAUCCUGAGUGGUCUGAAGCUGCGUCGCUCCGAGUCCAAGAGUUCCCUGGCCAGCCAGCUGAGUAAACAGAGCUCGUUCUGCAGCGAGGCCGGGAUGAGCACCGUCUCCUCUGCCGCCUCCGACAUACACUCCAACGCUAGCCAGGAUGGCGAGCAGGGUGCUCCCGUGGAUGCCACGGUCACCGAGGCCUACGCCGGCGAGUGGCGCAGCGACCAGCGGGCGGGUUGGGGCGUGAGCCGGCGCUCCGACGGUCUACGCUACGAGGGGGAGUGGGUGGCCAACAAGCGCCACGGUUAUGGCUGUACAACGUUCCCCGACAGCACCAAAGAGGAAGGGAAGUACAAGCAGAACGCGCUGGUCAGCGGGAAGCGGAAGAACCUGAUUCCUCUGAGAGCCAGUAAGAUCAGGGAGAAGGUGGAGCGGGCUGUGGAAGCGGCUGAGAAGGCUGCAGACAUCGCCAAGCAGAAGGCAGAGAUCGCAAUGUCCCGGAUGAGCCACGCGAGGGGAAAGUCGGAUGCAGCUGAAGGUGUGGCCCUGAAGGCUAGCGAGGAAUGCCGGAUGGCCAGGAUCGCUGCCAAGGAACUCUCGCCGUCCUUCCAUAUCCAUGGAAACGGUGAAUCCAACGGUCUGGAGUGCCAGCGGCCCAAUAAGCACCAGGGCAACAAAGACCACGAGAUCGUUUCCACGGGAACUGACAGUCCUGAGCUGUGCACCCCGGACACCACGCCUCCCGUGAUAACGCCUGACCUCAGCCCAGUCCUGAGCGUCCCCCCCUCGCCCCCCCGCAGCCCGCCGACCUCUAAACACGGUCACUCUCACCGUCCCAGAAACGCCUGCUUCAUGCGGCAGAGCGCUGUGGACGACCACGGAGGAGCAGAGAUACAGGUGCUAGUGGAGGGGCGGGGCAUGGAUCUCCAGAGGGGAGGAGCUAACAACUGGACAGAGGACAUGUAUCCAGACCGGGGGGGUCUCAGCAGCCAAUCCCCAUCUCUACCUGAGGAGCAGGAGGGACAAGUCAACGGUCACGAGCAGGCCCCGCCCAACCACAAACCGAGGGAGAAGGCCUCGACCAACCACAAGUCCCGGGAGCACACUUCCUCUUCCUAUAGGUCGUGGGAGCACUCUUCCUCGUACAACCAGAAGCCCUCAAAGCACACCUCAUCCAAUCACAAGUCGAGGGAGUACAUGCAGUCCAAUCACAAAACAUGGGAUCAUUCCUCCUCCACCAAUCACAGGGCCUGUGAGAAUGCCUCUUCCAAUUACAAGCAGCAGGUGCACAUUUCAUCCAAUCACAAAGCCUUGGAGCAUAACCUGUCCAAUCACAAGACUUCUGAGCAUGCUUCUUCCAAUCACAAGUCGUGCCAAGAUUAUACCUGCUCCAAUCACAUCCCAAAGGACCAUGUCUCCUCAGCCAAUCACAACAACCCCCGAGAGCAUGUGUACUCCAACCACCAUUCCAAGCAGCAGCACAUCUCAUCCAAUCACAAGCUUAGCAAGCAUGCCUUGCCCGACCCUGGGCUCGACAGCCCCGCAGGGGGCUGGACUGCCGACGACGCCCUGCGGUGGAGCCCUGCCCACUCGCGCCUCACGGACCGAGAGGAGGAGGAGGACAGGCUGGGAGACUACACAGUAGACAUGAGGUUCCAGCCCCUGGACUCCACUACCCAGAUGUCCCCUGGCCCGGGCCCCAAAAGCAGGUUGCGCCCGCGGGGCCAGCGGCCGUUCAAGGAGGGCUCCAUGGACUCUGUACAGAUGCUGGACACUCUGAAUGUGGGGGCAGAGCAGGAGGAGUGGCCCCUGCACAGGGACCUCACUCUCUCCCCGCCUCUCAAGUCUCAGCCAAUCACCUUGGAGCAGGACGAGGAGCACCUCACCCUCAAAUCAAACUCAGGCUCCAGCUCUGUCCUGGUUGUCAUGGUUAUUUUACUCAACAUUGGAGUAGCCAUCCUCUUCAUCCAUUUCUUUAUUUAAACUUCCUUCUAUGAUCUACUAAGUCUUACUAUUAUUAUUAUUAUGAUGAUGACUUCUAUUCCAUGAGUUAUUAUUGAUCCAGACGUGACUCUGCCCAGCCAACGGGAGGCUGCAGCGUGGAAGGAGGAGUGACGACGGACAUCGACAACAUGGUCUUUCUAUUGUUGUUAACAACACACUGUUGUUCCCUUGUCCACCCCUUUGAUGUUAAUCUCAUCUCAUGUCACAGACUCAGUUAAGGUAUAUAAUUCAACAGAUUUAUCUAUCUGCCUUGAGUUUCUAAAACACUACAGUUUAUUUUUUAUUUUUAAUGAAUUGGCCUUUUGUUGUGCUUGCAACCACGUGGAAAGGUAUUGCAUUACGACUGUGGAAGGGGAUUAGAACAGCAGCUUUGAGAUGGUGCGAUGUGAUGUGGUGGCGUAGUCGGCCACAAAUGCACGGGUUUUGUUAGUAGGGCACCUGCUGUAUAGAGGACAGGAUACACAGGGCACAGACUAUGUCCACUUGACCCAUCCAUCCAAGACUAGUGUACAGCACCCUCUGUCCUACACUUUAUCCCACUUAACAAUAUGACAUGCUAGCCCAGAGCAUGGUGAUCACACUUCUUCACCCACCCUAGCCCCUAUACCCUAUACCCUAUGGCCUCAUCCACCAACCGCUGGGGUGCCUCUCAAAUGGCACCCUAUUCCCUAUAUAGUGUACUACUUUUGACCAGAGCUCUAUGGAGGCUACAGUUAAACAUAGUGCAUGAUAGAGGGUAUAAGGUGCCAUUAGGGACGUAGUCCUGAUCUAUGCUACCAAACUAUGCUGCAAGAGAAGAUCCAUGUUAAAGGGCUCCGCCAUGUUUAUUUUCCUGUUCACCAUAACACACGCACACACACACACACUCACUCUCUCACACAUACACACGCACACACUCUCACACACACACUCUCUCACAUACACACUCUCUCACACAUACACACGCACACUCUCUCACACAUACACAGGCACACACACACUCUCUCACAUACACACUCACUCACUCACACACAUACACACAGACACAGACACACACACAGACACAGACACACACACACACACACACACACACACACACACACACACACACACACACACACACACACACACACACACACACACACACACACACACACACACACACACACACACACACACACACACACAGCCAUUGCAUGGGGGCGUGUGCAGAUAAAAUAGCAUCUUCCUCUCCCUCUGUCUUUUACAUCUGGUGUUCUUCAUUUGUACACAAACCCACCCAGGUAUCCAUUCUUAUGGUUCCCUUCACCCAGAUAUCCAUUCUUAUGGUUCCCUUCACCCAGAUAUCCAUUCUUAUGGUUCCCUUCACCCAGGUAUCCAUUCUUAUGGUUCCCUUCACCCAGAUAUCCAUUCUUAUGGUUCCCUUCACCCAGAUAUCCAUUCUUAUGGUUCCCUUCACCCAGAUAUCCAUUCUUAUGGUUCCCUUCACCCAGAUAUCCAUUCUUAUGGUUCCCUUCACCCAGAUAUCCAUUCUUAUGGUUCCCUUCACCCAGAUAUCCAUUCUUAUGGUUCCCUUCACCCAGAUAUCCAUUCUUAUGGUUCCCUUCACCCAGAUAUCCAUUCUUAUGGUUCCCUUCACCCAGAUAUCCAUUCUUAUGGUUCCCUUCACUGCAACUAUGAACUGAGAGUUGGGAUCAAUGCCGUUUCACAUUCAGUCGAAUCAGGAAACUGACAUUUUUAAGAUUUAAGAUUCGAUUCAUGAAUUGAAUAAAACCCACACUUUUCUAUGAGUUUUUUUUUUUGAUUCAUGAAUCAUUCAUGAAUGAUCUCAACCCUAUCACUUACACAACAAAACACACGCAGUGUCCACACCCACAGACACAUACACACACUACUGACAUACUGAGGACUAUGGAGGUGGGAGAAUUCAGGCUUGCCCCUGUGUACAGCAUUGAGACUGUUACGUUAUAACACUGAUUCUAAGUAUAUAUAUAUAUAUAUGUAUGUAUCAUUAUUAUUCAGAUGUUUGUUACUGUUGAGCAUUUUGCCAGACAGAGAGAAUGCUGAGUGCCUCGUAUUUAUUUAUUAUUCAUGUAAUGAUUCACUUGAUGAAACACCCCUCGUGGGACAUGCAGUCUGGGAAGGGGGGGGUCGACCUUCAGAAUGGUGAAAGGUUGACCCCUUCUGAAGUGGCAUGCACCGUUUAGUCUCUCUCCCAGUCGGACUUCUUCCAGACCAGUCCACAGGGAGAACCGGGUCUCUUCCAGACCAGUCCACAGGGAGAACCGGGUCUCUUCCAGACCAGUCCACAGGGAGAACCGGGUCUCUUCCAGACCAGUCCACAGGGAGAACCGGGUCUCUUCCAGACCAGUCCACAGGGAGAACCGGGUCUCUUCCAGACCAGUCCAAAGUCCCAAAUGGAACCCUCUUCCAUAUAUAGCUAGUGCACUACUUUGGGAGAACAGUAGGCCCUGGUCCAGAAUGGUGCAUGGUAUAUAGUGAAUAGGGUGCUAUUUGGGAAUACAGCCUGGAUGUGUUCUCCUUCAGUGUCACCUCCAGACAUGCUGGGGGACCCAUGAGAUGUUUUUCAGCAUGUUUGUUUAGCCUGCUCAAAUCUGGUGUCCGUCAGUUUGUGAGUCUCUCUCUCUCCGGCUCUCCUAGUGUUUUUUUACCCAGCAACAGGUGGCUGGCGCUGAGGCAGAGACCAUCAUCGGGGUCAAAUAAAUAAAAACGCUAGCUUUUAAAAAAUCUUGUGGAUUUUAAAAAUGUUCGAUCCAGAGUUUUAUGAAUGAGCUAAAAAAAAUCUGUUCUGCUGUUUUAUACUUGGCACCCGGUGACAUCAUGUUGUGACAUCAUGUUGUGACAUCAUUGCAUGCCCAAGCAUGCUCUUUUCUUACGCUUUUGGUUUAUGAUAUGUGGAGAAAAAUAAUGAAAUGUUUGAAAUGA